AUGUCCAACAGCAGCUCCAUCACCCAGUUCCUCCUCCUGCCGUUCACAGACACACGGGAGCUGCAGCUCUUGCACUUCUGGCUCUUCCUGGGCAUCUACCUGGCUGCCCUCCUGGGCAACGGCCUCAUCAUCACCACCAUAGCCUGGGACCAGCACCUCCACACCCCCAUGUACUUCUUCCUGAUCAACCUCGCCCUCCUCGACCUGGGCUACAUCUCCAUCACUGUCCCUAAAUCCAUGGCCAACUCUCUGUGGGAUUCCAGGGUCAUUUCCUACGCAGGAUGUGCUGCCCAGGUCUUCUUUGUAUUUUUCUUGCUUGGUGCAGAGUUUUACCUUCUCACCAGCAUGUCGUACGACCGCUACGUUGCCAUCUGCAAACCCCUGCACUACGGGACCCUCCUGGGCAGCAGAGCUUGUGUCCACAUGGCAGCAGCUGCCUGGGCCACUGGGUUUCUCAAUGCUCUGCAGCACACGGCCAAUACAUUUUCACUGCCCCUGUGCAAGGGCAAUGCCCUGGGCCAGUUCUUCUGUGAAAUCCCCCAGAUCCUCAAGCUCUCCUGCUCACACUCCUACCUCAGGCCCCCGCUCAUCUCCUCCCAGUCCCUGGAUCUGGUGGUGUCUGUUCUGUACUCUGUGGUUCCUCCAGCAGUGAACCCCCUCAUCUACAGCAUGAGGAACCAGGAGGUCAAGGAUGCUGUGUGGAAACUCGUAUCUUAG